AUGCUACCCAACUUCCUUGCCACGGCGCUGGCCUUGGCCACGGUAACGUCCGCCUCCCCAAUCACCAGGUCUUCAUCGACAAACGCAUGGGAUCUGGACUGGAUAUCAACAGAUUCAUCCCUCCCAAAAGUGAUCAUCUACAGCGCAGGCGGCACAAUCCUCUCCGCCUCAAACUAUAGCCGCUUAGAUAACAUAGCCUACGGCGCCGGCGCCUCCCCAACGCCCUACGACCUCAUCGGAAACGUCUCCGAGGUCCUCAAGGUCGCUCAGCUCGCCGUCGUGGAACUCAAUGCCCCGGGCGGCAGCGCGGGGUUGAAUUCGUCGCUGUAUUUGAAUAUCAGCCAGCUUGCUAACGCACAGAUUUGUGCCGAGGGGAGUGAUGUAGCUGGUGCUAUUAUGUUUCAUGGAACGAAUACGUUGGAAGAGACGGCUUUCGGCGUGGAUUUGACGUCUAAUUGCUCCAAGCCGUUCGUCGCCACGGGAUCCAUGAGACCUGAUACGUAUGUCUCCCCUGACGGACACGCGAAUUUCUACCAGGCUGUUGCGGCUGCUGCCUCGCCUUCUUCGCGUGAUCGAGGGGGCCUAAUCGCCUUCAACGACAGAAUCACCUCAAUCUACUACUCCACCAAGGUCAACGCAAACACACCAGACACGUUCAAGGCCCUCGAGCAAGGGAAUCUCGGAGCCUUUCUCGCGGGGCAGCCGUAUUACUUCUUCGACCCGGCGUACCCGACAGGACGGCCUUAUUUGGAUGUCACGGGUGUGACGGAGCUGCCUUCUGUGAUUAUUGUUUACGGUCAUCAGGGAUUUGAUGCUUCGUUGAUGCAUGCUGCUGUCGCCAACGGCGCAAAGGGUUUGGUGAUUCUCGGGCCCGGCGCAGCAGCCGUGAGUCCCAGCGCCCGAGCCGCGGCCGCGGACCUGCUGGAGCAGCGGGGGAUACCCACCAUCGCCGUCGCGCGACCCGUCACCGGCACCGGCGUUCCGAGUCCCUUUCCCGGGCCGCUGAUCUACUCGAGUUACCUCGGCGGCGAACAGGCGCGUAUUAUGCUUCAGCUCGCUGUCAAUGCCGGGUAUGACAUCGAUGCGAUCCGGGGGUUGUUUGAGAGUCCUUUGAGGAGGACUAUCUAUGAUACGCCUGCGAACCAAAAGUUCUAUUACUCUAGAUGA